AGGAAAAACACAUCUAAAAAAAAUUACUAAAAAAUAGCGACCACUCACCUUCUUCACCUUCACCUUCAGGCCUUCCUCUCUAAAAUCAAAAUUUUCAGUUCCCUCUUCACUCCAAAUCUAGGGUUUCUGAGUUUUUUUUUCUGAUCGUCUCCUCAGCAUCCUCUCUUUCGGGAUUCAAGCUUCUAGGUCUAUACUAUUGAACUAUAUUAAACUGAUUUGACUCAUAUCCUACAAUUUGAAGGCGUCAUGGAGGUAGAGGUUUUGUUUAUCGGAUGAAGGAUGAAGUAUAUUGUUUAAAGAUCUUGCGAUUCUUGUCUCUUAUAUGGACUGAGAUAUUGGUUCUUUGAUGUCUUUGUUGUUCUUCUGAUCUCUGAAAUUUAGCUGAUUUAAUGGACUGCAAUAAGGAAGAGGCCUCUAGGGCAAAAACUUUAGCAGAGGAUAAGAUGAAGAAUGGUGAUUUUGUUGGGGCACAAAAGCUUUUAUUGAAGGCUCAGAGUCUUUUCUCAGGUCUUGAGACUUUACCACAAAUGUUAGCUGUAUGUGAUGUCCAUAAUUCUGCUGAGAAGAAACUCAACGGUCUUGAGAACUGGUACGGUAUUCUUCAAGUUAUGCAUUUUGCUGACGAUGCUACAAUCAAGAAGCAGGUCAGGAAGCUUGCUUUGCUUCUCCAUCCUGACAAAAAUCAGUUCCCUGGUGCUGAGUCUGCUUUCAAGUUGGUUUGGGAUGCAAGUAGAUUUCUUGCUGACAAGGAUAAACGGUCUCAGUAUGAUAUAAAGCGUAGAAUCUAUUUACGGGUUGCUAGUUACCAGUUGAAUGCAGCAAACUAUGGUCUACAAUGUGCCAGUGAUAGUGUUACAUUUUGGACAUGUUGUGAGCAUUGUGGUUAUAGGUAUAGAUACUUGAUAGAGUAUGCGAACACUCUUCUGCAAUGUACCAGUUGUCAAAGAUCCUACAUGGCCUACGACACGGGAUUUAAUGGAGCAUCAUUUAAAUCAAGCACUGGUCAGAAAGAUGUUCGAAAUCAGGGGCCGUGUAACACAUCUGUGAAUAUAAAUGCAGAGUCUACUGGUGCUCAACCAGGAAGUGUAGCAGCUGAGGUGGAUAAGAAAGGAACUUUCAAUGAGGAAUUCAACAAGAAGAACGGAGGAGGUGAGAUCAAAAAGACUCAUGUAAAAAAACCCAAAAGAAAGGCUGAAUCCAUGAAGAGUUAUGCUCAAUCAAGUAUACCUGAGAAAGACGAGGGAAAGAUGAAUAGUGCAGCUAAACUACAGAAGCCACAACCUGAGGCUACAGAACCCGAAAUAGGUUUAUCGAAAUCUGUACCUGAUGAGUCAAUUUCAAGGAGUGAUCAAGCACCCUCUACAAGCAAGGACAGGAACAAAAGGAAAAAGUGUGUUGAGGAGAGUAUUAAUGUUGAUGGUUCUGAUAUUGUUAAGGAUAAAGCAGAUUCAAAUGAUAAUAGUAAGUGGAAAUCUCCAAGGAGAGGCCAACAGAGUUCUUGGGCAGAGAAGGUAGGCAGUGAUGAUAGCCCUCCAAAAAAAAGGUCAAGAUCAAAUGUUGGGUUAAAAUCUGAGCAAACUACAAGAAAAGGAUUAGUAGGUGUUGGAUCAUCUACACGUCGUGAUUCUGGUGGUGGUUCAACUGCCCCUUCAUGUGUGUUUAAUGGAAAAGCUAAGAAAUUCGUGGAUUCUGGAUAUCCAGAAAUCUCAGCAUCCAAAGACAAAGUGAGAGAAGGAUGUAAAGAAAGUGGAGAAGGGGUGGUUAUGGCAGCAAAGAUUGACAAUAACCACAAUGCUAAUGAGAAGCUUAUUACGCAGGAUUCGCCUGAUCCAGAGUUCAGUAAUUUUGAACUGACGACAAGCUGUUUUGCUGUCAACCAGGUGUGGUCUUUGUAUGAUCCGACUGACGGUAUGCCUCGGUUGUAUGCUCGGAUAGAAAAAGUGUUGGAUUCUGAGUUCAAGCUGUGGAUUACAUGGAUUGACCCGCUACAGGAUAAUAACUCUAUUCCCAUUGCUUGUGGAAUCUUUCAAGUUGGGGAUUCAGCCGAAGAAAACGACCACUUAAAAUUUUCUAGUCAGAUGUUUCACUUAACUCGCAACAAUAGCAUCGGCAUAUAUCCAAGAAAGGGAGAAAUUUGGGCAAUUUUCAGAGGCUGGGAUAUCAGUUGGAGUGCUAGCUCAGAAAAUCAUAAACAUCCUUAUGAAUAUGAUUUUGUUGAAGUUUUGUCUAAUUUUAACGAUGAGAUUGGCCUUGGAGUGGUCUUUCUGGGACAAGUGGAAGGGUUUGUUUCCCUCUUUCGGCAAAAUGCACAGGAUGGAGCUCAACUUCAAAUUCCACCCAGCGAGAUGCUCAGGUUUUCGCAUAAAGUCCCAUCAUUCAAAAUGACUGGAAAGGAGAGAGAAGGUGUUCCUCCUGGGUGCUUUGAAUUAGAUACUGCUGCUUUACCAAAAGAAUUUUUCGAGGUUUGUGAUUCUAAAGUUGAUGUUGGGUUGGAGAGAGAAAGGCCGAAUGGCAAAACUGGUGGUCCUUUUCCUGAAGCUUCCAAGGUUGAAAUGCAGGCAAAUACUACUCUAGAGAGCAGUCCAGUUAAAAAGAAACGUCCAAAAGUCCAUGACAAUCAUGGUUCAUUCUCCAAAGAAUCUGAUGGUAGAUGCACUAAUCAUGAAAAGAACUCAGUGAAGAAGUCCAGAAAGAGUGUCAAAGCAGUAGAUGUCUUGAAUCUGCGAAAAUCUCCUCGUCUUUUGAGUGAAACAAACAGUCAAGCAAAUUCAAGGUCAGGCCAACAAAUAGCUGAGAAGAAGAGUGCUAACAAUGGUGAAUACUGUGGACAGCGAGGUGGGUUGUCUGUAUCUGGUGAGAGGAUGUCUACCCCAAUGAUAUCUGAGAAGACUAUCACAACGGAUUCCUCAAGAAUGAGAAAAACACCUCAGGAUAUACACAAACCGACAGGGAACCUAAAGAAACAUGGGAGAAAUGAUGAGUCAUUGUCUCAGUCCAGGGGUAAUGGUUUGCUAACUCAGUUGAAUGGUAGUAUAAAAUGCUCAGAACCAGAGACUCGUGUUCCAUCCAGUUGCAAAACCGUGAAAGAAAACACUUUUAACUUCGAGUACCAGAGAUCUUGGGACAAGUUCCAGAUUGAUCAAAUAUGGGCCAUUUAUAGCAAUGACGAAGGGAUUCCCAGAAAGUAUGCUCAGAUCAAGAAAAUCGACACAAGUCCUGAAUUCAAGUUACAUGUAGCACCUCUAGAGCUGUAUCGCCCUCCAAUACACAUGCCACGCCCCGUGUGCUGUGGGCGCUUCAAGUUGAAAACCGGUAAAGCAGAAAUAUUUGUACCUAGCAGCUUCUCACAUCAGGUUAAAGCCGUGAAGGCUAAGAGGAACAGAUUCGAAGUAUACCCGGGGAAGGGUGAGAUCUGGGCUCUGUACCAGAACUGGAAUACCACAGAUUGUGCUGAGACUGAAGAACUUGAGAUUGUAGAAGUAGUGGAAACCGACGAGCAAAGGAUACAAGCAAUGCUUUUGACUGCUAAAGAGUUUAACAACAAGCCUCUCUACGGAAGUAGUCAAGAGUCAAAUGCAAGUCUAGUAGACAUUCCAAAGACUGAAGUGUGUAGAUUCUCGCAUCAGAUUCCUGCGUUCAGACACGAGAGAAGAGCGACUCGGUUUGGAGAUGGCGAAUACUGGGAGCUUGACCUGAAAGCAGUUAGGGGUCUCAACUUAAAGAACCCAUAGGUCUCUCUUUCAUUUGUCAAUCGCACAUAUUUAUCUAGUUGGGACAUGAUUUCUGGAAUGUGACAUUAUUAGAAUUUAACGUUAGUGUUUAGUAACA